AUGACUUUCAUCAACUGGACACAAUUGGUGCUUAGUUUCAAAUUGGUCCCUGUCAAAAUUUUCUUAAUCUCUCUUCAUUUUUCAUGUUUUUUUCCCAUCAUCAUUUUGAGAUUAGAAAUCAGGCUUUAACAUGAAGGCUGCUCUCCGACCCUAACAGCUCAGACAACACGGAGUGGAUUGCAGAUGGAUGACUUGUGUCAUGUUCUGUUUCUAACAAACUUCUUCAGUGCCUUUGCUGUAAAAACAGAUUUGUGUAUCAGUAUCUAAGAGCACCUCACUCUAAUGACCACCCAUUUACAAACAUUUACACAAAUUAGAACUCCAAUACAUUCAUCUGUCAUACUGUGCACAUUAUGCAGAGUUUUUCUAAUUGGCCCCAUGAGGCUGUAGUCGACGCACAUUUUGUCAGCUGGGGACAGCAGCUGUCAAUCAAAAAGCAUCUUUAUAACCAGCUGCAGCAGCUGAACCACUGUGUCUCAGGAUAAGCCCGGGGACAGACAGGAGCUCCACUGUGAUCAUCGAUCGUCAGUCGAUACCUUCUCUGAUACGACUAUUCUGUUUUGUUUAGAUUCAAUACAACAAGUCUUUCUUUUUUAGUUUUUGGAGAUCUUACACCCAGAUCCUUUUUUCGGAUUCUUCCUUUUUGGGAAAGAUGGACAAGUUGAGUGCGAACAACGCGACAGUGGUGAAUAGCUCCUUAGACAACUGGUCAUUCAAUGACCAUGGCUCAUACCAACACCUGGACCCUGGGGAGCUGAGGGUCCUGGUGCCGGCUAUUCUGGGAGUCAUCUGCGUCUUGGGUGUGGCUUGUAAUCUCACUGCGAUGGUGAUCUUGUUCUCCAAUGCUCAUAGGGGCAAACUAUCUGUCAUCAAUUCCCUCAUCUUCAACCUGAUGUUUGCUGAUGGACUGGUGCUGAUGUUCACGGUGCCUUUCAGGGCUGCCUCCUUCUCCACAGCCAGCUGGAACCUGGGCUGGGUGAUCUGCAAGACAGCUGACUGGUUCCUCCAGUCCUGUAUGGCGGCAAAGAGCUUCACAGUUGCUGUCAUGGCCAAAGCUUGCUACCGCUAUGUGUCCAACCCCACCAAGCAGGUGAGCAUCCACCUGGGAUCCAUCCUGGUGGUGUUCUUCUUCAUCUGGCUGUCCGCCUGCUCUGUCACAGUCCCUCAGUGGCUGUUUGCUCGGCUGCAGAGAGGGAUCCGCGGGCUGGUGUGUGUGAUGAUCGUGCCUGCUGAAGCCAAGGAUUUCAUGUCUGUGUACGUCAAAGCAUACCCCCUGGGGGUCUACUGUGCACCUCUCAGCUUCGCCCUGAUGUAUUUCUGGAAGGCUUACGGCCAGUGCCAGCGCCGCUCCAGUAAGACUCAGAACCUGCGCACACAGAUCCGAUCCAGGAAGCUCACCUUGAUGCUGUUCAGCCUGACUGUUGCCAUGGCUAUCCUCUGGCUUCCACAGUGGGUCGUGUGGGUUUGGGAGCGUCACAUAGCAGAGAAGGAAAGUGAAGGAGCCCAGCCCCUCGUCUCCCCGCUUCCCCUUUUUCUAAGCCUCUCUGCUCAGCUGCUCACCUUCUCUCUGUCUCUGGUGAACCCUCUCAUCGUCCUGUCCCUCUCCGAGGAGUUCAGAGAGGGCUACAGGGGGCUGUGGAGGCGCCUCACCCUGCGCAAGCAACCUCCCUCAAAGCCAAAACCCGGACCUCACAACCCCACGGCUCACCGGUCGCCUUGCCCCAGACCAGAGACUUCCGGCCAGCUGCAGGUGGAGAGGAGCCUUAGAUCGAGCCAGGAUACCAGCAGAGAGGCUGAGCCCCAGCCGGAGCAGGGAGGAGGAGGGAGAGACGUAGACACAGCGAGCCUCAAAGAUGGGAUUGUCUUGCCUGAUGUGGAGCAGUUCUGGCACGAGAGGGAGAGUGGAUUACACAUGGAGGAGAAUGAUCCCGUGCCGUGGGAGCACCAGAGCAAAGAAGAGAAAAAAUAACAACUGCCUUCAA